AUGAGAACGUGAACGUGAAAGCAAACUGAGAGCAUCGAAGUACGCUUGUGUCCAAUUUUCUCAUAAAACCCCUUAAAGUCACAGAGCAGACCAAAAUUCUGCCUAGAUGUGUUAGUCGAGAUUACUGCCCUAUCCGAUGUUAAAAAAGAUCAAGACAUCAGAGUCAUGAUUCUAUGACAUGUGUUAACUUGAACUUGAAGGUGUGAGAUUGUGUUGACAGAAUCGUAAAUAACCUUCGUUUCGUCUCAGGACCACUUUUAGAACAUAGCCAAUUACUGUCAGUGAUCGAUGUCUGCAUACGGCCCCAUCACCACUUCGAGGACAUCACUACUACCACCCACUCUCUGGGAUAGUCCUCGAAAAGCAGACGCAGCAUCUCCCACAUUCCUAUCCAUCCACCAUGUCAACCGCUCAGCCGUAGAAGCACUCCCCGGCCUAUUCGAAUACCUGCACUCCGUCUUUGCAGAUGAAGUCGAUACGGGACUCUCGUAUCCGCAAGAAAAUGUGCGCGAUCAGGCUGCUUUUGCGAACUAUUUCUUUGCAGCCGAUGUGCUCGUGGCGAUCACUGGCACGGGAGAGGUCGCGAUGACGGAGAAGAAGGAUGGGGUGAGAGAGGUUGAUCUGAGCGUGGAAGAAGCCAGAGCGGGACGAUCUUGGGAAGUGUGUGUGGCUGGAUUUUACUACGUGAAACCGAACUAUCCCGGACGAUCAUCGCAUAUAUGCAAUGCUGGUUUUGUCGUUCCUCCAAACCAACGAGGUGGCGGUUUCGGCUCUGUCCUCGCAAAGUCCUAUCUUCAUUAUGGCCCAGCACUAGGUUACAAAGCCAGCGUGUUUAAUUUGGUAUAUGUGAAUAACACAGCAAGCGUCAGACUAUGGGAAAAACUUAACUUCACGAAAGCGGGUCUGAUACCCAAGGCAGGUCGCCUCAAACGCAAAGACGGACAGGAGGGGGAGGAGUACGUCGACGCGUGGGUCUUUUACAAGAGUUUCGAAGGGGAAGACCGUGGUGUCAAUGCUGCUAUCCUUAGCGCAUGAACUGUUAAACCACACUGAAGAUAUAAAUACGGUAUGGGGCUGUAGUUUGCUAGAAGCCCUCGUAUAGCGUGUACUCACUGUUCCUCAUAAAGUAAUGAUCUGUGGCUGUUCG